AUGCCCUACUUGCAAGGAACCGAUGCAUCUCCUGAGAGUGCUCUCGUGCCGUUGGGCAAGCUUCAGAGGCGAUUCUACGAGCCGCUUGUCCUCCUGCUUGCACUCACUCAAGCUUGCAUGUACAACCGCGCUCCCAGGGCCCCGGAUUCGCUAACUGAGGUGCCACCUCACUCACUGGAUGAACUGUUCAAAGACUUUGUCAACAAGCUCUGUCAGAUCUGUGACAACAAGCCUCGUGGGAGCACCGUGACUGCGAUUUCUGUACUCCAAUACCCAGACCGCGUGCAAUAUCGUUUUGCAUCGAAUCAGCGGUCUGAGAGUGACCUCCUGGAAGUGAAGACCUACCUUCAAGACAUCCUUGAAACGCUCAGAGGCUACACUGCGUCCUCUUCGACCCCUCUCGUGGAGUCCGUUUUGAGCAAGAUCGUUGCUUUCAAUGGGCAGAGACUACAGAUCUAUGUCAAGCAUAUCUCUGCCCAAACUCAGUCAUGUCUCAAGACGCCAACAAUUUCAACGGAGUUGUCUGAUAAACUCAGCGAGCUUCAAGACCUGGCCCUGAAGGCGGGCGAUCAGGAGCUCGAAGAGAGUAAAUUCUUCAAAGUUUGUGCAAACCUCAUGCUGUUCAUCAAGGACUUCUCGAAGUCUCCCACGUACAAGAGUCUGCAUGAGAAGGCCAGCUCAGGUACCGGUAGUCGUGAGCCUUCACCAUGGGCCGAGCUACGCCACGCUGCUGGAAGGCUUCUAUCAUAUUAUCAAGCAUCAAGAACUCUCAUUGAAGCCCGGAAGAAGUGGGAGUGUCUAUUUCACGAUUUUGAAAUAGACUUCGUCCGUUCAUCAAACCAAAUCAGCAACCCUAUGACCGACCGGAGAGUCAACGCAGGGGCCAUUAUCGGCCGUAUGACAGGGGAUGGGACCAAAAUGCAGGAAUACAGGGCCCAUGCCGAGGAAUUGCAAAAGUUCGAUCUUGACGGGAAAAUCAAGGAGCAGGCCGCGAAACCUUCUUUCAAGCCCCUGGUCCACGCCGAAGUGCUCGUCUACCAGUCCAUGCUGGAUGAGUUUGGUCCGGCCGGGCCGCACUCGUCCCAGUUCUUCAAUGGGUACAAGUACAUCGGGUCCAGCAAACCAACCUGCCGGCUCUGCGACUACUACUUCACGGCGUCCGCCACGGGCAUAGACGUGCGCAAGACCCACCGCAACCUCUACAUCAACUGGCGCACCCCAGAUGUCUACUCGCACCAGGGCGAGGCGGCGGUCAAGCGGAGGCAGCAAGUGCUCAUCAAGGUGUGCGACAGGGUCUGCGAGGACGCCUUCCGCACGCUGGCCGAGAAGGUCCCGGAGAGGAAGAACCACGACUCCAAUACGGACCCGACCUUCCCCGCGCUGAACCACGGCACCAGCGUUGGGUUCGACGGCGGGUGGCGUGACACGGACGCGGACGAUCUGGCGGCGUCCAUGGGCCAGCUUGGUCUGCGCGACUCUCCAGGGGAGGCCCGGGAGGUGCGACAUGAGCCAACACCGCUCAGGGCUGCUUCGGGCUUUGAUGCAGACGAUGAGGAGGGAGGGGCCCGGCUUUGGUGA